UUUCCUUCUAUUAAAGUGCACUGAGACAGGAACUGCCACCCCUGCCUGCCUCCCACACGCUUUUUUUCUGCCUCUCUCACUUUUAGAUACUUCUCACCCUUUAGUGUUUGACAGUGAACGUGCUUCUCUCUUUGCCAGUGGGCAGUCUGUUUCGGUGUGGAUGCUUCAGACCUGUUUUUGUCUUUAGUGGGACCUGGAACCACAUUGAUCUUCUGUGGAGUGGCUUCAGCAUAGUAGUGGUCUCAAAAUGGAAGCAGAAGCUCUUUACAACUUCUGUGCCACUGAAAGCGACGAGCUGAGCUUUUACAAGGGAAAUGUACUUAAGAUAACUAAUAUGGAAGAUGAUCCUAACUGGUACACAGCAGAGUUGGGGAACAAAAAGGGCUAUGUGCCGAAAAACUAUAUCAGUCUAAGGCCACACACAUGGUUUGCAGGCCGUAUCUCCAGACAAGUGGCUGAGAAUCGACUGCGUCAGCGUGAGUGUGGAAGCUUCUUAGUACGAGAAAGUGAGAGCGCACCCGGUGAAUUCUCCAUAUCAGUAAGUUACGGUGAUCAUGUACAGCAUUUCAAGGUGUUAAAGGAUAGAGACGGUUAUUACUUUGUUUGGGAGGAGGUCUUCCCUUCCUUAAAUCAGCUUGUGGAGUACUACAAGACCUACAGCAUUGCAAGGGAAAGGACCGUGUUUCUUAGCGAUACAGAACAAACACAAAAAAGGCCGCAUCAUGCACAUGCACUGUUGGACUUCAAUCCACAACACAAUUCCCAGCUGCACUUCCUGCGGGGUGAUGUCAUAGACCUGCUGGACUGCUCUGAUUCCCAACGCUGGAAAGGUCGUUGUCGUGGAUGUGUGGGCUAUUUUCCUAAGGAAUACGUGCAGCCUAUUUAUCACUGACUAUCAAGGAUAAUGCGAUACAUAAUAACACUGAAUGUACAUAUUAUGGUUUAAUGUGAAAGACUUAAUCGUUUGUUUGAUAAAGACUCUGAAAUAAUCAAACAGACAAAAAUUUAUUUGUUCAGCCACAGUUACUAAACAACAAACACACUGCUGACACUAAAAGAAUACUUUGUUGCUUUUUAGCCUCUAAACUGUCUACUAUGAAGCAUGACUAUAUGCAAAAUAAUCACCAUAUAUACUUCACAUAGAUUGCUUACUUACAAUUCACUUCAGGAAA